AUGCGAGCCAGACAUGCCAGAAACGCCCGAAACGCCGCCCGAAGCAGAAACACCGCCAGAAGCAGAAACUCCCGUAACGCCGCCAGAAACGCCGCCCGAAACAGGCCCAGCCGCCCCAGGAACAUGCGGCCCGCCGUACAUGGCCCGCAACUCGGGAGACCGCGGCUUGUCGUCGCUGUAGAGCGAGUUGGCCGAGCUUUUGCGGGCCCGCGGCGCCUCGAAGAACGGAUUGGCAAAGUCUCGCGUUGGCGUUCCGGCGCCAAACGUAUUGCGAAGGUUCCACUUGGACAGCUGCAGAUGCACAGACUCGGCCCGAAGGCUGUCUCUGGCCACGUCUCGCGAGACGGUCUGGUCCCGCAGUUUGGAUUCGCGUGUCCGCGAGCUGUCCGAGUCGUCCCUGUCCUUUGGGUUUGCGUCCCGUUCUUUGGUGUCUCUGUCUUUCGCCUCGUCGCCUUCUCUGCCGUCGCCAGACUCUCCGUCCCUCGCAUCCUUGGCUUCUCUCGAACCAUCUCUCGCUUCCCUCGCAUCUCUGUCCGCAGCCUCCCGGUCCUUGUCUUUUUCUCUCUCCCGGUCCUUGUCUUUUUCUCUUUCCUUCUCGCGCUCGUCCCGCCUCGCCUUGACCCGGAUCGAGUCUCGCGUGGGCUCCUUGUGCAUUUCCGGCCGCCGCUCUCGAAAGCUGUCUUCGCGCGGGCUGUUGGCACCAGACUCCAUCGGCGUCACGCUGCCCACAGAUAUGGUAUCGUGCACUAG